AUGGUCGUACCAGAGGUCUAUGGCGAUCCGGACACUGCAUUAAUAAACUUCCCAAUCGUCAAGGUGAAAACGUCCGGGCAAAGCAGCAAGAGUCCGGUACUCCAUCUUGGAGGCGGUGGCCCAGGCAAUCCGAUCGGCCUGGACCCGAAUACCGCGGGCAACUGGUUAUGGAGUUGGUAUCAGGAAGUAUCCACACGUAACGGCCGUGAUCUCUACAUCAUGGAUCCGAGAGGUGUUGGCAUGGCCGAACCGGUGCUCGUUUGCAAAGAAUACAUUCCCGCAUUUCUCGGCUCGCUUGCAAAAAACCUCUCAAUCGAAGAUGAGGUCAGCUGGAAUAUCGAAGUCAACAAGCGCUGUGUGGCGCGCCUGCAACAGCAGGGUGUGAACCUUAGCGGCUACAAUAGUCUGAACGUAGCAAGGGAUGUAGAAAGCCUGCGCCGGGCGCUUGAAGUAGAACAAUGGAGCCUGUACGGCGUCUCCUAUGGAAGCCGAUACGCGCUGACCAUAGCGCGCGAGUAUGCUGACUCAAUAGAGUCCAUGGUUCUCGACGCCGCCGUGUUUCCCAAUGUGCGUUACAUGGAUAAACACUCACAAAACCUUGAAAAAGCCUUUGACCGGUUGAUCGGCUAUUGUGAUGGCGACACAGCCUGCAAACAGGCCCUGGUAGACCCCGGCGAACGCUUUUGGGACCUGGUGCGGCGGCUCAAACGGAAUCCGAUUCGCGCGGUUAUCAAGCAUCCUGUUCUGGAUAUUCAGAUGAAUAUCGUGGUAAAUUCAGAGCGCUUUCUUAGCAUCUUUUUCAACUCCUUGUACGAUGCCGAGAAGUUUCGAGAACUGCCCGCCAUUAUCCAGAGUCUUGAGAAAAACGAGCUGGGACCGUUUGAAAGCAAUGUUCGCGACUGGCUUGCGUUCCAGACAGAUGAUGAUUACGGCGAUGCCAGCGCCGCAGCACAUUUCUGCUACGAAGAAUCGCCUUUCAUCAAUUACUCAGCGGCUUUACAAAGCGCAAGCAACAUGCGCUAUGAAUUAAGCGAAUCGUCCGUUGCGCAGCUGAUGUUCAACCAGGAGCAGUGCAACCGCUGGCCAGCGUCUCCGGGCGCCGCCAAAGAAGGCGAGGCAGUUGACACCGCUAUACCAACACUCAUGUUGCAUGGUGCACUCGACCCGGUUUUGCCGGUUGAAGAUCUGGAGUUACAGCUGUCACAUUUUGACAAUGUCGACUAUGAAAUCUUCAGUGAGAUGUCGCACAGUAUUGUCGGUAUGCAUCCGUGUGGCGAGGCCAUUGCUAGCGCGUUUUACGACCACAAACUCGCAUUUCGCUCGCACCUUGACUGUCAACCACUUAAUUAA